GUAGCUUUGGCAAUCUUGACUGUGAAAGUGGAUAUUUCCAAAAUCUCAAAGUCUUUAAAAUGAGAGGCAUGAGAUACAAACGUUGGAAUUUGAGCAAAGAUGCAAUGCCUUGCCUUCAAAAUUUGUCCAUAAAUUAUUGUUGGGGAUUGAUUGAGCUUCCAAAGGAACUAUGGUCACUGCCUGAUCUGCGAAAUGUGGAGGUGUCAAAGCCAUCCAAAGAAAUGGCAGAUUAUCUUGCAAGAUUAGAGAUGAAAGAAGGAUGCAAGCUUACAAUUAAUCCCUUUAAUGCUGCAUAUGAUGCCUGAUUGACAGUUGACCCGGGCUUUUGUGCAAUAAUAAAAAAUGUUGGGCCCUUUCUUGUAAUUUUCCCCAAAGUUUUUGACCAGCAUUUUAAGGAGCAAACUGAUGCAGAAACGCAGAGAAAAUGAGAAAGGAAGCAAACGCACAAACGGGAGAGAGAGAGAGAGGAAGAAGAGAAGAGAAAGGGAGGGAGUUAGGCUUGGAUCUAGGAGUCUUUGCGACCGUUGCGAGCUCGGCUACACGAUAGGAGGGGAGAAAGGUCCGUACGCUUGUAGCCGUACACCUUUCAGUUCUAAUAUGGCUCGAAGGGGAAGGGGUAGAUCGAGGAAUGAGGAACGACCACCACCUCUACCUCCUCCGCCUCCACCUCCGCCUCCACCUCCACCACCACCACAGGGGACAGAUGCAGUCAUGGCUAGGCUGCUUGAAGUUAUGGUGGAUAUACAGCAAAAUCUUAGAAGUCAUACUGUUCCAGAUCAGCAUGUUGACCUAAGUGCUGGGCAGGGAUCUUCUAGUACUAUGGGAGCUCAUGCACCAGUUGUUAAUAAUCGAGAGAAUGACAUAUCUGAACCUUGGAAGGAAUUCUCUCGCUCUAAUCCGACUACAUAUGAUGGUAGUAUGCUUGAUGGGAAAGCUGAAGAGUGGUUGGAUCGGAUGGAGCAGUUAUUUACUGUUGUGAGGUGUACAUCUGAGCAGAAGGUUAUCUUGGCUACGAUGCAGCUUGUUGGUGAAGCCAAGCAUUGGUGGGAUUCUGUUAAGCCCACAGAUGGAAGAUCUAUGUCUUGGGAUGAAUUUAAAGAAAGAUUUUAUGAUUUUCACUUUCCGCCAGCUUUCAGAGAUGAGAAAGAGGCAGAGUUUCAUGCAUUUCAGCAGGGGGACUUAGACGAGGAGACUUUUAUAAGAAAAUUCAAUCAGCUGUCUAAGUUCUCAACAUAUCUGAAGGCUUCUAAUGAUAGCAAGUGGAAAGCAAAGAGGUUAUUAGAAAAGAUGAGGCCAGAAUACCGCCAGCAGCUAUCUUUGUUGGGCGAGGCGACAUAUGAUGAGAUGUGCAAUCGUCUGAGGAUUGCCGCUCGUCGAGGCCGAGACACAGAGAGUAGCCGGAGUAGGGAUACACGAGGUCGAUUUUCUUUUGGGUUAGCUCCUACUGGUGGUGUAUCCAAGAGAAUGGGUUUUAGCUCUGGUUCUUCUUCUAGUGGUUCCUUUAGAAUCGGGUCUUCUUCUGCUUCUGGUAAUCGAAAUUUAAAUAGGGGUUCAAGAUUUCAAGGUAAUCGGGGUGGUAAUAUGAGAUCUGGGGGUUCUCGUUUCUCUGGGAACGCUCCAGCACGUUCUUCACAGACCAGUCAAGCCCCAAUUCUAAGCACAGCGAGGUCACCUUGCAAUAGAUGUGGUAGGGUUCAUUUUGGUCGCUGCUUUGCUUGUUACAAGUGUGGAAAGUUAGGCCAUUUGAUCCGUGACUGCCCUGAUUUACAUGAGAGCUCGGACCGGAGGAACGUGAUUCCUGGUAGAGUGUAUACAGUAUCUCAGGAGGAGGCUAGGAAGUCAUCGAAUCUAAUCACUGGUAUGGUUUCUAUCUGUGGCCUCGAUUUAGAAGCUUUGUUUGAUUGUGGUGCGACGCAUUCUUUUAUUUCUGCCGAGCGCUUAGAUAGAAUGGCUAUGCCUGUUGACCAGUUGCCCCAUGAUAUAGAAGUUUCCUCUACUUCUGGUUUAGUUGGUCGAUCCAGUGUGGUGUGUAGGACUAAGAUGACUUUUAAUGGGCGAUCGACUUGGGUGAAUAUGAUCAAAUUACCUAUGCAAGGGAUUGAUUUAAUUAUUGGUAUGGAUUGGUUGACAGCUUAUGGUGCUGUCUUAGAUUGUGUGACUAAGACAGUGACUUUGGUAGAAGUACCGGAGGUGAUCAAAGAAUACCCUGGUCAUUCUUGUUUUCUUUCUUCUUUACAAGUUGAAAGAUUGAUUGAGCAAGGAUGUGAGGCUUACGUGGUAGUGCUCGCUACCCAAGGGUCUGAGACAGGUAUAGUGGAUGAAAUUGAGGUUGUUAGGGAGUUCCCAGAGGUGUUUUCUGAGGAUGUAUCAGGAUUACCUCCAGAACGUGAGGUUGAAUUCUCAAUUGACUUGGUACCGGGGACUCAGCCAAUUUCAAAGGCUCCCUAUAGAAUGGCUCCUUCAGAGUUAGCUGAGUUGAAGAAGCAACUUGAGGAGCUGUUAGAUAAGGGAUUUAUUAGACCUAGUGUUUCUCCUUGGGGAUCUCCUGUCUUAUUUGUGAAGAAGAAGGAUGGUAGUUUAAGAUUGUGUAUCGAUUACAGGCAGUUGAAUAAGGUUACGGUGAAGAACAAGUACCCACUGCCUCGCAUCGAUGAUCUCUUAGAUCAGUUGGUUGGUGCCACGAUUUUCUCUAAAAUUGAUUUACGUUCAGGGUACCAUCAGCUAAGAGUUAGUGAGAAGGAUGUGGCAAAGACUGCUUUCAGGACUCGAUAUGGUCAUUAUGAGUUUUUGGUUAUGCCAUUCGGGCUGACUAAUGCGCCUGCGGUUUUCAUGGACUAUAUGAACCGCAUUUUUCGACCUUUCUUGGAUCAGUUUGUGGUAGUUUUUAUUGACGAUAUACUGAUCUACUCUAAAGAUGAGGAGCAGCAUGCCAGACACUUGAGGACUGUCCUAAGGUUUCUGCGAGAUCAUAAGCUAUAUGCCAAGCUCAGUAAGUGCGAGUUUUGGAUGAGAGAGGUUAGGUUCUUGGGACAUAUCGUGUCGGCAAAUGGUAUUGCAGUUGAUCCAUAUAAAGUUGAAGCAGUCAUGCAAUGGGAGAGACCAAAAUCGAUAACUGAGAUCCGUAGUUUUCUGGGAUUAGCAGGUUACUACCGGCGUUUUAUCAAAGGUUUCUCUCAGAUUUCUAUGCCUUUGACUAGACUCACAAGGAAGGAUAGGCCAUUUAUCUGGGAUGAUAAGUGCGAGACAGCUUUUCUUGAGUUGAAAGAAAGGUUAACAACAGCUCCAGUAUUGGUGAUUUCGGAUCCUCAAAAGCCCUAUGAUGUGUAUACUGAUGCCUCUCAUAAGGGUCUUGGUUGUGUUCUAAUGCAAGAUGAGAGAGCAGUGGCAUAUGCAUCUAGACAACUUAGACCGCAUGAGGAGAAUUAUCCAACACAUGAUCUCGAGUUGGCUGCGGUGGUCUUUGCGUUAAAGAUCUGGCGUCAUUAUCUUUAUGGAACAGAGUUCAGGGUCAUGAGCGACCAUAAAAGUCUCAAGUACCUGGUAGAUCAAAAAGAGCUGAAUAUGAGACAGAGACGUUGGAUGGAGUUUCUUAAAGAUUAUAAUUUUGAAUUUAAGUAUCAUCCGGGGAAAGCAAAUGUGGUAGCAGAUGCUCUUAGUCGCAAGACCUUACAUGUAGCCUAUUUAAUGGUUCGGGAGCAUAGAUUGAUGGAAUCUUUGGUUGAAAUUUUUUUGGGUAUGACUAAGUUCUCUUUGAAUGGUCUUAAUACUAUGGUUAUUUCUAAUGAAUUUUGGAAAGAGAUACGAGAUGCUCAGCUUCAAGAUCCGAUUUUGUCAAAAAUAAGUCAAGACAUCGAGAAUGGUGAGAUAAUGGACUAUUGGUUUAGUGAUGAUGGGUAUGUGGUUUUCAAGGAUAGGGUGUGUAUUCCUAACAAUGAGUCUAUUCGGAAGAAAUUGUUGGAUGAGGCACAUCGAAGUAGCUACACCCUUCAUCCCGGUGCUACUAAGAUGUAUCAUGACAUGCAGCGUCAUUGGUGGUGGCCAGGCAUGAAAAAGGAUGGGCUAUGGGUACAGAUCUGA